AGUGACCCGGGUAUGACCAAUUAGAUUAUGCCAUAUAAUAUAUAUUUUUCAAAAUAAAAUUGAAAUAGUUUUCGAACGACCUUUACAUGCAGCACAGAGGAACAUAAUCAUUCCUGCCAUCAUUUAUCAUGUAAAUUUGAAUGGAAUCAUCGUACGAGUCCAGGCCAAGCAUAGCUUUCUCUUCCUUCAAGGCCCGUUCUAAAGCUUCAUGCCUUAUUUCCUCGCCAAAGAGUAAGGAAUCGGAAUCAAAAGCGCUUCCAUCCCUCACAAUUUCUAGUUUAAAGCAACCUCAACACAAAUCUUAGCCAUUACUCAAGAGCACAAGGAAAGGAAAAACUUGUAGCCAGUCCUGAGAAAUUCGCUCGCUGAAGGAUCAACAGGAUAAGGAGAUGUCUUCCAUUCCUCAGGCCACAGUUCUUUAUCCUCAGAAUGCGUCGACGUCACCCCACUCCAACGGCUCCUACAGCCCUGUCUUCGCUGUUCUGGCUGUGAUCACCAUACUUUCCAUUUCCGCCUGUAUCAUUGCAAGGUUCUGCGCUCGCCGCAUUUGCCAGCCUCAACCACGAGCGGACAACGGAUUCUGCAAAGGAGACAUUGAAAGCAGAUUGGCUUCCUCCAUUCCUGCAGGCAAGCUGGCCAAGUCUGAAGCUGCAUGGAUUGGAGGAAAGAAUGCAGAAAGUGUUGCAAAACAUGCAGAAGUUAAAGGCGUUAAACCAGAGGGUUAAACUGGUGGAAACGUAGGUGCAAAGGGACCUGCGUGAUGGGAGUUUAUAGCAACUCUCCAGGGUUGUCAUUUUGAUACAUGACUGUAUUAAUUCACCCAUUAAGAAAUUAACAUCCUAGUAGUUUACUCAAUUGUAUGCAUUGUUCCUUGUCUGUAGUCUGCCAUACUAUCCUACGAUUAUGUGCCUUAAGGAAAUGAAAGAUUUCAAGCUUUUUUCUUUUUUUUUUUUUGCCUUGUAAUAGAGGAUCAGCUUCGGCAGAAUCCUGAGGAGUUUGGCCAGUUUGAUCGUGGGUACAGGAUAUCCAGCAUGCUACAUCACAGAGAAAUCGCUCGCAGAUCCCAGCAAAAACCCUGUGGAAGCUAGCAAAAAAUAUAACAUUUAUUUAUCUAAAACAUUUCGUUGACAGACAUGCCCAUAUCCACUUAAAGCAAUAACUCCAUCUCGUGCAUCGUAAGAUAUUUGAUGGCAUCCGGUUAAAGAAAAUCAUGUUAUUUGUUGACCUCUACUCAAGCAGU